UGUGUGUGUGUGUGUGUGUGUGUUGUACGCGCUGGGUUAGAGAAGCAGUAUGGCGGAAGAGGAGAGUGAAUUGGAGUUGGACAGGUUUAAAGAGGAACUGGAGAGUUUGCUGAGCGGCGAGGGCGCACUGCAGAGCCGGACGUAUUGCGCGAGGUUUUGCGAGCUGGUCGAGGAAUAUACGAGCCGAUGGCAGGUGCCCCUUCCACAGCUGCAGGUCCUCAGGAGCGCCCUGUGCUCGUUUGUGCGUGGCGCAUCGUCCUUCCCGUCAGAUUGUGAGCACGUGCGCUACACCCUGAGCAGUCUGGCUCUGAGCGUCUUCGAGCUGCUGCUGUUCUUCGGGAGAGACGAGUUCCCAGAGGAUCCUCUGAAAGAUAUUCUCGACUCAUUUCAGGAAUGUCAAUCAAGUCUGGUGAGGUACCAGAAUGUGUACCUGCUGCAGGUUAAACACAUUAUCAGAGAUGGAGGGCCUUGGGCGAGUUCUGUACUGGAGGGAAUCCUAAAGGAAGUGGAGCAGAGACAAGAAGAAGUGGAUCACUAUCUCGGCUCCGAGGCGUCCAUGUUCUUCGAGUUGCGCGUACGUUACCUGCUGGCCUGCGAGCGGAUGCGCGAGGCCAUGGCGUUAGCCCUGAAGUGCAGCCAGCACCCGUCUGCAGGCCGCCGCCUGUUCUUCAAGCAGGUCCACCUUGCCUGUCUCUGGAAAUCCUCUCAACAAGAACGCCUCGUCAAAGAGAUGGCGGAGAUUGACGGGAAGGACGCCGUGGAGAUCCUGUGCAUCGCGGAAAAUGAGGAAAAAGACGAACUGCUUCUGGAGCUGAGCCGAGGCUUUCUUUUGCAGCAGCUCAGAAGUGGAGACAUGUAUUAUCUUUGGGACCUGGUCUUCAUAUGGUGUAAACUGUACCUCAGAGUGAAGGCCAAGGAGACACCUUUUCUUCAAGAAUGCAAACUGUUGCUCCUGUCGGCCACCAACGUCAAAGCGAUCUUUCCGUUUAUGAAGGUGAUCUUGGCUGAGAAUUUGGGGAAAGAAGGGCUCACGUUUUGUAUCGAACUCUGCGCCCAGGCUCUUCAGACCGACCUGAAGAACGACUCGGUCACCAAGUCUCUCAUCUACAAAACCAUCGCAUACCUGUUCCCUAACGACCUGGAGAUCUGCAGAGCCUGUGCGCUGCUCGUGUUCUUCCUGGAACGCACGGUUGAGGCCUACAAAACGGUGUUCUUCUUGUACAACCACCCGGACCUGGAGUACCACCUGGACAACAGUCCUGUCGUGAACAACGUGCGCUUCGAGGUGAUCCAGAUUCUGAAAAAGGGUUUGUUUUUUGACCCCGAAUUCUGGAGCCUCCUGAACAUUAAAACAAACUGCCUGAAGCUCAUGAGUGAUGAGGUGGCCAGGGCUGCCCUCUGCGAAAUUACAGAAGAGGAUAAAUGGGAGUCUAGUUACUGCGUUCGAGAGCAUUGUAAGUGUCAUGCAGAGCCGGAAAGAACGGCUAUCAGACAGGAGGUGAAACCUGGUAGUAGAGAAAGGCAGGAAACGGGGACUGUGGAAAAAUGGUUCACAAGUUCUUCUGCCAAUGUGUCUUCCGAAGCUCCUCGGUAUAAGAAGAGAGGGAGGAAACCAGGGUCUCGCUCCACAAUCUCGAACCUGGAGCCGUUUCCGGUCCGGCGUUCCUUCAGGCAGUUGGAUUUGGCGCAAAAUCACACCAGGCAGCUGAACAGCAGAUGCCAGAGGUUCCUCACCCGGCAGACGGAGAAUAAUAUUCUAAAACGACGGGGGAGGAAACCCCGGUGGCUCCUGGAGCAGUUAGCCGCCCUGGGAGAAAACAGCACACUCGGGCAAAGGAAGAAACCGGGUAGAAAACCGAAAUUAUUGAGCUCGAUAAAGGACAUCUUAGUCGCCACCCCUGUCAUCGAAAUCACAAUGGAAUAUUCCUACCCCGAUAAUGAAGUUGAGCUGCCUGCUGAUGUUCAGGGCCGACCUGCAUCCAGAGCAACAUCUUCCACAGAGCAUUCCUUUGAUCAACCUCAAAUGCAAAUGUCUCGCGGAAGAACUCCAGACUCGCUCUUUCAGUUACUGAGCGAGAAGUCUCCUCGUUUGUGGCGAGACGAAGACGACUUUCAGCCGCACGAGGUUAUGGUCGCUAUUAGCAAAUUCCACACCUACGCAAAAGUGCCUGAACAGGAAGAAAGCCCUUCACUCGAUCGCCUUACGGAUGCUGCAGCGGCGCACGCUGUGACGCACGCUGCGACGCUGGAAGACGAUUUUCGGUCUCUCGCUCCUGUCAAGAAACCUAGCGAACCGGUAGAGGCGAUUAACAUGACCUCACCGACUGCUGCUGUAACGCUGGAGAUCCCUGGUCUUAGUGAUGUAGCUGACCUGCCAUUGCUUUCACCUGUCGAUCAGGAUGUAGUCCCUGAUAGUAAAAUCAAUACUACUACGGUCUUUCCUUCCAAAGAUCAAACUGUAACUGACGAUAUUCCCGAGCCGGAAAACACCCAGGAGGUUGCGAAUCUCAGUAGCACACCUGACAAAGCUACUGAUUUUUAUCCUACUACGUCUGUUAUGCUUUCUACCUCUGAAAACACACCUGAACUGACCCCCCAAAGCAAUGUUUCUACCCCCAAAGAAAUACCAGAUACUCCUGAAUAUCCACUCAAAGACGAAGUAGCUGUGUCUGAAAUUAUUCUAAAGUCCUCUGCCUCCGUUGAAGAACUGGCGUCGCAGCAGACCACCGAGGUCGAGCCGCAUCGGGGCGAUGAGUCCCUUCCCGUAUCGGGUUCUCAGACUUACGUGCAAUGCAGGCUUUGCGAUAAAAGUUACGAGGCUCCCCUGACUCACGCGUUGUGGCAUUACCGGAAGGAAAAGAAAUGCAUGUUUUGUGACAAGCCGACGUUGACUCGUGGAGCUUUACAGCACUUCCAGAAGCACAUAAAAAAUUUGAAUAAUGCUGAAAGUCCGCACGAGACAAAAAAGUCUGAGGAUGUAUCCGAGGCACCCGGGAAGCCUGUCGUACCCGUUCCCGAGUCUCCGCCAAAGAAAGCAAAGCCUGGAUUUGCGCAAAUAAAGUCGAGACUGCUGAUGAGACUGAAACUGACGAGGAAAGCCCAACCUCAGCGCGAGGCAGAGAAAACCUCGGAUAAUACCGAAACGGCCUUGAAAGAGACGGACACAAAGAAGCAGGCGUCGGCGCCCGACCAAAAGGAGAGCGGCGCAAAGGACGAGAAGCAAAGCGUCCCGCAGGAGACGAUACGGUAUUUAACGAGAGGUUCGGUUAGGAAGGCUGAGCACAAGGGACGGCUGCGUAGGACAAAAAUAAGCAGAGAAGGAAAGGCUCGAACGAUAAAAAUCGGGAAAGAUAAAUCAGAACCCAAAGAUGGGUCUGUUCACAGGCUGAAUGGAGUGAUUCAAAAGAAACGAUUUUGGUGCCUUCAGGAUGACAGAGGUCCCGUGACUGUACCUCCAGUGAAAAAAGAGAAUAAGACGAAUGCAGAGAAGACCACUAGAAAAGAAAAAAAAGCGAAUUACGAUAUCAGGACCAAGGCAACCAUUAAUAACGAAAGUAGACAUUGUGCAAAAGUGAAGGAGGAACCGAGAGUAAAGAAGAAAAGGCACAGAGAGGAUGAGGAGAACGUCGAGGUAAAAGCAGUUAAGAAACUCAAGAAAGAAGAAGGUGCUUCAAUCGUUAAGUCUACAGAUACCGUGGGGGAGCCUCCAAAAGUGGAGAAUCAGCAAAACGGUACAGAGGAAGAAUCCAGCGAGUCUUCCAAGUCGAUCCGGAAAAGGAAAGCCAGUAAUACUUCUCUGGUCAGCUGUCCUAGAGACACAUGCACCUUCCAAGCCAUGCCUGGCCCGGUCCUCUCGCACGUCCUGAUCCACCACCCGGGUGACACGAAAGCCCUCGAGUUCUUCUACAACCUCGGCGAGAAAAAAUGUCUGGUGUGCACCAGAAGGAUUUGGACUCCUCAGCACUUUUUCGACCACAUUGCCUCUCACCGGGGGAACCUAAAACACCCGUGCUACCACGCGACCUGCCAGAAGAGGUUCAAAACGCGAUCGGACGCGGGCGACCACAUGGAGAAGAACCACAAUCCUUUAAAAGCAGGCUGCUGCUUCCACGGAUGCACGGUGCAAUCCGCCAGCCUCAAGGACUUGUACAGCCAUGAGAAAAGUCACUACAAGGCAGUAACGCUGAAAAAGGGCACAUCUGUCACUUCAGAGAAAAGUGCGGACAAACCCAGUCUCGGAGUAACGAAUACUCAAGCUCAACAGGCAACUGAAAGUGUAGAGACGGACCCUGAGGUGCCCACCCUUCUUCCUUCUCCUCCUUCUCCACCUGCUAAGGUUACACAACACAAGACGCCCGUAAAACCAGAAGACGAAAAGCCUUUGACUUUGAACAGAAGUUCAGUGAACUACAGCAGCAAGAACUCCCGGCUCAUCAACGGUCACAACGACCACCCCUCCAGUGUUAAAGCGCCCCCUACAGCUGAGAAAGAGCAGGAGCCAAAGCACGACAAGAAAGUGGCAGUCAAGCCUUUCAGCAGACUUCCUCCUUCGGCUUACCUGGAUGAGCUGUACCUCAGCAUGCCCAAAAAGUGGAGGGGGCCCCAAGCGAACGCCAAAGGCACCGACCCAGAGGACGGCCUCGCCGUAAAGAGGCAGAGCUGCUCACGCUGUAACGCGGCUUUUAACUGCGAAGGAGAGCUUCAGCUGCACCGGGAGAAAUGCACUUCUCUCUUCGGCUUCGAUUCAGACGAUGAAAAUGCCUCCUGAACGGUGGAGCCCUUUUUGACCAGUUGGACGUCGCUGUAAACAUUCAAAAGAAUCAAAUCUUGACUUAAAAUAAAAAAUAUAAAUGUAUUAAAGUUGGGAAAUGGAGCUUGUUGGAGCAACGCUUUCCUGCAUCAACUAGAGAAUAAACGUCGACUGCACUGGUUCAUCUCCUGCCACGAUCCCGGACCGUCGCGGCUGGAGGUGACGUCCUGUUUCACCGCCCAUUUUGCAGCGUGGAAGUUUUUUAACUGCAGUAUUUGAUCCGACAAUGAAAUCGAUAUCCGGUUAAAACGCCGGAGGCGACGAGGAUUCCGCUCCGACCUUCGAACGCGAUUUGACUUUUGCUUCAGAAAGCGCAAGGCGUAGAUGUAAUUGCAAUGGCAAUGAAAUCGGGAAUAUUUCCAGCACCUCUGGAAACUUUCUGGUUAUUUGUGAACUUUUCUCACGGAUUUUUAUUAACAUUUAAUCUCACACAUACACACACACACACCUCUUUUAUCCUUUAUACGCUAAAGCCGUCGCUCCUCAAAAGAUUUUGAUUUAUAUAAGGGUGAGGAGAACGACUUCAACGAAAGAUAGACGAACCCACAUACAGCAAUGUUCCAUUAAACGAGACGGAGACGAUAAAAGACACUCGGAUUACGACAUUUAAUGUAUAUACACAAUUAUAAAUCUCUUCACACACCAGUGAAACGACAGCGAGAAGAAAUCAAUGCCUCCCGAUCAUGGCAUUGAGCUCUUCUACUCAGUAAUGUUGAUUUACCAAUUUAAUUUAUUCAUCUUUUUUUUUUUUCUUUUUGUAUUUUAUGUAAAUGUUUGAAAAGUUUGAACGGUAUAUAAUUGGGAUGUGUUAAUAUAGGGGGUUUCUAUAUCAAGAGUCUUUUUUUCUGGCCUACAAAAAAAAAAAUUAAACGUAUGAUUACAGA